AUGUUUCCUGUUUGCAACCUUUCUCCUCUUUCUCUGCAACCGGUCAUGGUAACUUCGAUACUCGGAAAACCUACCAAACAUUCUUCGUUUCUCUUUGUCACCAACUCGGCGUCUUCCGGAGAGGGAAUCAGCACGCGCCGAAGUACCAUUUCGCCAUUUGAAUCCCGAAUCUCACUCAUUUUCGCUCUCGCUUCUCAAGCCAACUCACUCUCCCAGCGACUUCUAGCUGACGUGGCUGCCGAGACUGCCAAAUACUUGUUUCCGAAGAGAUUCGAAAGCCGUAAUCUCGAGGAGGCGUUGAUGAGUGUUCCGGAUCUUGAGACUGUCGAGUUCAAAGUUCUGAGUAUAAGGGACCAGUAUGAGAUUAGGGAAGUUGAGCCUUACUUUGUGGCAGAGACAACAAUGCCUGGGAAGAAUGGAUUUGAUUUCAAUGGUGCUUCUCGGUCCUUUAAUGUCUUAGCUGAGUACCUUUUCGGUAAGAAUACAAAGAAUGAGAAAAUGGAGAUGACUACACCUGUUUUCACAAGUAAGAAUCAAUCUGAUGGGGUUAAAAUGGAUAUGACAACUCCUGUGUUAACAACAAAGAUUGAAGAUCAAGACAAGUGGAAAAUGUCUUUUGUCAUGCCAUCAAAAUAUGGUGCUAACUUGCCACUGCCUAAAGAUUCCUCUGUGAUAAUCAAAGAGGUGCCUAGAAAAAUAGUUGCUGUAGUUUCCUUUUCAGGUUUUGUGAAUGAUGAAGAAAUUAAGCAGCGCGAACUGAAACUACGAGAAGCUUUAAAAAGUGACAGACAGUUUAAAAUUAAAGAGGGAACUUCAGUAGAAGUUGCACAGUAUAAUCCACCAUUUACUCUUCCAUUUCAACGCCGUAAUGAGAUUGCUUUGGAGGUGGAAUGGAAUAAUAAGUAG